CCAAUAAUCUAACGGAUCUAAUUAAAAUCCACCGUUUCAUCCAACGGCUAUCGUACCAUACGCGUUGCCCCAAGGCUUCUCCCACGGAUCCGCCGUCCUCACUUAAAAUCUUCUCUUUAGCCUCCCCCCUCUUCUUGUGUUUUUUCUCUCAGAGCCCAGAUUCAUCCUAAGAAGAUGCAAGCCAACAGCGGUUCGGAAUCACAAAAUACUAAUAAUAGUAAUAUCAACAAUAAUAAUAACAGCAAUAGCCAGCCGCCGCAGCAGGGGGUGGCUGCUACUCCUGCGGCGGUGACACCAGCGGUGGCGGCUGCACCCCAGCAGCAGUGGGUGGCGAUGCAGUAUCCAGCGGCCGCGAUGGUAAUGCCGCAUCAUAUGAUGCCAGCCCCACAUUACCCGCCGCACUACAUGCCGUACCAUCACCACCACCUCCACCAUCCUCCUCCUCCGCAGCCUCAAGGGCCUCCUCAGCAGCAACAGCAGCAGCAAGGUGGAGGAUCUAAUGGUGAGAAUAGAACGAUCUGGGUCGGCGACCUCCAUAAUUGGAUGGACGAGGACUAUCUUCGCAGCUGCUUUGCUUCCACUGGCGAGGUUGCCUCUAUAAAGGUCAUUCGCAAUAAGCAAACCGGUUUCUCUGAGGGAUAUGGAUUUGUGGAGUUCUUUUCGCAUGCUGCAGCUGAGAAAGUCCUGCAAGCAUAUCCAUGCAUUAUCAUGCCUAACACAGAACAACCUUUUCGUCUGAAUUGGGCUACAUUUAGCACGGGCGACAAGCGUUCGAAUAAUGGUUCUGAUCUUUCUAUCUUUGUAGGAGAUUUAGCUGCAGAUGUUACUGAUAGCUUAUUGCAUGAUACUUUUGCCAGUAGAUAUCCUUCUGUUAAAGCUGCUAAAGUUGUCAUUGAUGCAAAUACUGGACGUUCAAAGGGUUAUGGUUUUGUAAGGUUUGGAGAUGAUAAUGAGAGAUCACAGGCUAUGACUGAAAUGAAUGGCAUCUAUUGUUCAAGCAGGCCCAUGCGUAUUGGUGCUGCAACCCCCAGGAAAUCAUCUGGAUACCAACAGCAGUAUUCUUCACAAGGUGGAUACAUUAAUAGUUCAUCAGGCCAGGGCUCUCAAUCUGAUGGAGAUUCUCCUAAUACAACAAUAUUCGUUGGAGGGCUUGAUCCAAAUGUCAGUGAUGAGGAUCUGAGGCAACCGUUCUUGCAGUAUGGGGAAAUAGUUUCGGUGAAGAUUCCAGUUGGAAAAGGAUGUGGAUUUGUACAAUUUGCUAAUCGAAAUGAUGCCGAGGAGGCACUGCAGAAGUUGAAUGGUACCACGAUUGGAAAGCAAACUGUGAGGCUCUCUUGGGGGCGUAAUCCAGCAAAUAAGCAGUUAAGAGCUGAAUUUGGAAACCAGUGGACGGGGGCAUACUAUGGAGGUCACUUUUACGAUGGCUAUGGGUAUGCGAUGCCACCACCUCAUGACCCAGGGAUGUAUGCAGCAGCAGCAGCUGCUUAUGGAGCCUAUCCCAUGUACGGAACCCACCAGCAACAAGUAAGCUAGACGGCCGAGCUCACAGCGAUUCAGCAGAUGAGGCACAUGGGUGCUUUUGUCUCUCUGUUGAGCUUGUGGGAAUUUGGAACCCUGUUAUUCCCUCCGAAAUCUGAGAGGGGAACUGAAUUUUGACUAGAAAUCAGGUAGUUGUUCUCUAGGGGCUUGAUUAAACAUUUGUUUAGAAGUGUGAGCAUAAUAUUGGAACUUCUUAAUUUGAAUAAAUAACAUUGAUAUGGAUUGUGAGCACUUAAUUCUUUAUUUGUUAUUAGCCUGCUCA